GAGUGACCCUGGCUAAUGUUCUCUCUGCUUGCUCCUCUUCCUUCCCCCCCAGCGGCCGGACUCUAUUACCUGGCGGAACUGAUAGAAGAGUACACAGUGGCCACCAGCAGGAUCAUCAAAUACAUGAUCUGGUUCUCCACAGCUGUGCUGAUUGGCCUCUACGUUUUUGAGCGCUUCCCCACCUGCAUGAUUGGCGUGGGCCUCUUCACCAACCUCGUCUACUUUGGCCUCCUCCAGACCUUCCCCUUCAUCAUGCUGACCUCGCCUAACUUCAUCCUGUCGUGCGGACUAGUGGUGGUGAAUCACUACCUAGCAUUUCAGUUUUUUGCGGAGGAAUAUUAUCCUUUCUCAGAGGUCCUGGCCUAUUUCACUUUCUGUCUAUGGAUAAUCCCGUUUGCGUUCUUCGUGUCACUGUCGGCUGGGGAGAACGUCCUGCCCUCCACCGUGCAGCCAGGAGAUGACGUGGUCUCCAAUUACUUCACCAAAGGCAAGCGGGGCAAACGCUUAGGGAUCCUGGUUGUCUUCUCCUUCAUCAAAGAGGCCAUUCUACCCAGUCGUCAGAAGAUGUACUGACGCCCCUGGGGAGGGGAUGUUGGGGCGAGAUCAGGAGAGUCAGGCCCCUGGGCCUCUCUGUGAGCCUGGAAGGUUCCUUCCCCCAGCCCUGGCCUGACUUCCUUCAAGCCUCCCUGGAGCCUCCACCCCCACCUGCCUCGGGAUGCACAGCUGGGCUCAGAUCUGCUGCUGCGAGAGGCCGUGACCUCAGGCACCAGGGAGGGCGGCGGAGCCUGCUUGGCUGGAGGCCGUGGUCCACCUGGCUCUGCAAGCUGAGCUCCCCAUGGCCCUGCCCGCCCCUUCCGUGCUGGGUCAGGAGGCUCUGGCUCAGUCGAGGCGGGCAGGGCAGGGGCCUUGAAGCUGGAGAGCAGACAGGAAUAGGGUCUUCGGGCAGAUGGCCAUGGGGCAGGGCCAUGGCUUGGCAAUUCCCAGGAACUAGUUUUUGCUGUUGAACUGUGAUUUUUGUCCAAGUCUGAUUCCUGUUUGAAUAAAGAUUCUAGGUGGCACUUGUUGCCUUAAUACCCUGAAA